AUGAGCAAGCCACUGAGCACUGCAUCCAGGUACUUCCUCCCGCGGAGCAACAGCAGAUUCUUCUCUUCCAUCCCGACCGAACUAACGAACCGUCAACAGAAGCUCCUCAUACAACUAGCCAAAAGAACCGUUUUAAGGACAGGGGAUGGCAGAACCCAUCAGAAGAUUACCAAAAUUCAGGAACGGUCCAAAAUAUUGAAGACUCUCCAUGACGACUUAGAUGUGUAUGCGGAGCUCUUCCAGGAGAGUGGCCUCAUCGACGGGGGGCACAACCCGGACAACACCAUCCAGCAGGUGCAGUCCUCCUCCCUUAUCGACGCAGACGAUGAUAUCAGGCAGCUCCUUCGUACCAUCCAAGAUGUGGGAACCAUGCUGCUGCAGGAUGUGCUUGACUUCUACAAGAGCGUCGUCAACACGGAGCAUCACUUGGACACGGAAGAGGUGAAGGUGGAGAUCACCCCCGGCGUGGGGGGCCUCGAAGCCAAGCUGUUCUGCAACGACCUGCUCAGCAUGUAUGAGCAUUUUUGCAAACUGAAGGACUUCCAGUGCAGCCUCAUCAGAGGAGAAAGUGACGAUGCCAAGGACGGCCACAGAAGCAUCGUCGCAGUGAUUAAGGGAGAACGCGUCUAUGAGCACUUCGUCCAAGAGAAUGGCAUCCAUCGAGUACAGCGAGUACCAGUGAAUAGUAAAAAAAUCCAAACGUCCACAUCUGUCGUAUUCGUAUCUGAUGAGGAAAGCUUAAGAAAGAAAAUCGAAAAAAAAAUGGACCUAAAAAAAAGUGAUCUCUUAAUUGAAACGAAGAGAUCUGGAGGUGCGGGAGGACAAAGCGUUAAUAAAAAUGAGACUUGUGUGAAGGUUCUCCACAAGCCAACCAACAUAUCUGUGGAAGUACAGAAAACUUCCAGUCAAAUACAAAACAGGAGCAUGGCCAUAGAGGCACUCAAGACCAAACUCUUCUCCUUUUACUACCAGCAGGAGAUGGAGUUUUUUUUUCAGUACAAGAGAAGUAAUAAGAUGACCGGAGAUAGAAGUGAGAAAAUACGAACCUACAAUUUUGUAAGCGAUUUCAUUACUGAUCAUCUCAGCAAUGUGCAGUAUCCUGGAAUUGACCUCUUCUUCAGGGGCGAUGGCCUCGUUCGCCUCGUCGAUCACCACAGGCAGGUGUUCUAUGAACAUCUCGUCGACGAGGCGUUGCGCUUCAUCUUGGAUCGCACGCAAGAGUGA